AUGGCAACAGUGAAGUAUGCCCUCGUUACCGGCUGCAGUACCGGAGGCCUCGGUUUUGCCCUCGCCAAAGCCUUUCGCGAUCAAGGCUUCCACGUGCUGGCAACGGUGCGCAACGCCAACACAGCCGGCGCCCUCGUCGAUGAGAGAGACAUCGACAUCCUCACACUUGACGUGACCUCGGCCGACUCGAUCUCGUCAUGCCUAGCGCAGGUGCGCAGCGCGACUGGCGACAAACUUGACAUUCUGGUUAACAACGCUGGUGCCGCUAUAUUUGGGCCGCUCGUCCAUGCCUCUAUUGAGGAUGGCAAGAACGCUUACGAUGUCAAUGUGUGGGGACCUUUGGCUAUGACUCAAGCUUUUGCACCUCUCCUCAUCGACUCCAAGGGCGUCAUCCUGAACAUCUCGUCCAUUGCUGGUGCAGUGCCACUAGCUUGGCAAGGAUUAUAUAAUAGCUCGAAAGCCGCCACGACUUUUGUUUCAGAAACGCUCAAAAUGGAACUGGCACCAUUAGGCGUGCGAGUUGUAACAGCCAUGGUCGGCGCGAUGGGUACGCAGCUCUACGACGGCCACGAGGUCUCUCUGCCGCCGGACUCGUACUACAAGUCUAUUGAGGAGACCAUCAAGAAACAAUCGAGAGGCGAAAUGCAAGCACCCUUUAACGAGCCCGUCGACAUCACUGCGCGCAGCCUUGUGAAGGACACGCUAUCAGGACGCCGCGGGCAGAUUUGGCGCGGCGGUGAGGCGGGUAGAGCUAGUAUUCUCUCGUGGUUGGUACCUACUUCGUUGAGGGAGAGGAUAUUACAUGCAGAGAGGGGGAUCUAUCAAUUGAAGUACGAGAAAUAG